CGAAGCACUCGGGUUCGCGCGGAGCUUCGGUUGCUCCGUCAUCACUGCGCAGGCGCAGGAGAAGCAGUUGACACGUCGAAAGGUUCGCUCAGGAAAAUCUGUGGUCGUGGGAGCUGAAUUUCGUCAUAUUUGUGUCUUUUACAACUAUUCAUCAUGCCGCUGCGACUGGAUGUAAAGCGGAAAUUAACUGCUCGAUCUGAUCGUGUUAAAUCAGUUGAUCUUCACCCUACUGAACCAUGGAUGCUUGCAUCUCUUUACAAUGGCAAUGUUCAUGUAUGGAAUAUUGAGAGCCAGCAGUUGGUAAAGAGCUUUGAAGUAUGUGAUCUUCCUGUAAGAGCAGCAAGGUUUGUGGCCCGCAAAAAUUGGGUUGUCACAGGCUCAGAUGACAUGCAAGUUCGUGUUUAUAAUUAUAAUACAUUAGAGCGUGCUCACCAGUUUGAAGCCCACUCAGAUUAUGUGAGGUGUAUUGCUGUACACCCAACUCAGCCAUUCAUUCUUACGUGCAGUGAUGAUAUGACAAUCAAACUUUGGAACUGGGAUAAGAAAUGGUCCUGCCAACAAGUUUUCGAGGGACACUCGCACUAUGUAAUGCAGAUUGUCAUCAAUCCAAAGGAUAACAACACUUUCGCUUCUGCUUCUCUUGAUCGUACUGUGAAGGUAUGGCAGCUUGGUUCUCCACAGCCGAACUUUACUCUUGAGGGUCAUCAGCGUGGAGUUAAUUGUGUGGAUUACUACCAUGGUGGAGACAAGCCAUACUUGAUUUCAGGGGCUGAUGAUAGUCUGGUCAAGAUUUGGGAUUAUCAAAACAAAACAUGUGUGCAAACCCUGGAAGGACACUCACAAAAUGUUUCCUCAGUAUCAUUCCACCCGGAGCUACCAAUCAUCCUGACUGGCUCUGAGGACUGCACUGUGAGGGUCUGGCAUGCUAACACUUACCGUCUGGAGAACACACUCAACUAUGGUCUUGAUAGAGUGUGGUGUAUAUCAGCUCUCAAGGGCUCCAACAAUGUCUGCUUUGGCUAUGAUGAAGGCAGUGUCAUGGUCAAGCUUGGUCGUGAGGAGCCAGCCAUGUCGAUGGAUGUUAGUGGCAAGAUUGUGUGGGCCAGACAUUCUGAAAUUCAGCAGGCCAAUCUGAAAGCUAUGGGUGACGCUGAAAUUCAGGAUGGAGAAAGACUACCUUUGGCUGUCAAGGAUCUUGGAGCAUGUGACAUCUAUCCACAGACUAUUGCACAUAACCCCAAUGGAAGGUUUGUAGUUGUUUGUGGUGAUGGAGAAUACAUCAUUUACACUGCCAUGGCAUUGCGUAACAAAGCAUUUGGUCCAGCUCUGGAGUUUGUUUGGGCUUUGGACUCCUCAGAGUAUGCCAUCCGUGAAUCUAACUUCAAUGUGAAGCUAUUCAAAAACUUCAAGGAAAAGAAAUCUUUCAAGCCAGACUUCGGUUGUGAAGGUAUAUUUGGUGGAUAUCUCCUUGGAUGCAGGUCAAGUUCAACAGGACUUGCCUUCUAUGACUGGGAGUCUCAAGAGUUGGUGAGGCGCAUUGAAAUUCAGCCACGGCAGGUUUUCUGGUCAGAGAAUGGAGAUUAUGUGUGCAUUGCCACUGAUGAGAAUUACUUCAUUCUCAAGUACAGUACUGAUGCCGUCACUAAAGCCAGAGAGACCAAGGAGGGUCUUACUGAGGAUGGCAUUGAAGAUGCUUUUGAUCUUGUUGGAGAGGUGCAAGAGGUUGUCAAGACUGGCAAGUGGGUUGGAGAUUGCUUCAUCUACACAAAUUCAGUGAAUAGAUUGAACUAUUAUGUGGGAGGCGAGAUUGUUACUAUUGCUCAUUUGGACAGGACUUUGUAUCUUCUGGGUUACAUUCCUAAGGAUAACCGCCUGUACUUGGGUGACAAAGAACUGAAUGUGGUAUCUUACGAGCUGCUAGUGUCUGUCUUAGAGUAUCAGACAGCUGUUAUGCGUCGUGACUUUAACACUGCUGACCGUGUGCUCCCCACAAUCCCACCUGCCCAUCGCACUCGAGUUGCCCACUUCUUAGAGAAGCAAGGGUUCAAGAAGCAGGCCUUGGCUGUUUCCACAGAUCCUGAACACAGGUUUGAUCUUGCCCUGAGUCUGGGUGAACUAGAGGUGUGUCAUCAGCUCGCUGUUGAAGCUGGUUCUGAGCACAAGUGGCGGCUGGUUGCAGACUUGGCACAACAGCAGGGAGACCUCCAAACAGCUCAGACAUGCCUCCUCCGUGCCCAUGAUUACCCUGGAUUGCUUCUACAGGCCACAGCCUCUGGUAAUGCUGGAUUGAUCAAGGAAGUGGCUACUGAAGCAGAAAGCCAAGGUCGAAAUAAUGUAGCCUUCUUAUCCCACUUCCUGACGGGCAAUUUGAAGGACUGUCUGGAACUCCUGAUCAAGACCAAUCGAAUUCCAGAAGCAGCAUUCUUCGCAAGAACUUACAUGCCAGGUGAAAUGUCCCGUGUUGUUGGUCUAUGGAAAACCGCUGCAGGAGAGAAGAUUGGUCAGAGUUUAGCUGACCCUGCACAAUAUGACAAUCUUUUCCCUGGGCUUAAAGAUGCUGUAAAAUCUCAGCAGUAUUUACAGCAGACAACAAAACCAAUCCCAGCAGCGUCUGCAGCUUCUGUGCCUGGCAACCAUGAGCGCAAUAUCAUUGAGGAAAUGCGAGCAGCGGAAGCAUCUGGAGCCUUUGUCUACAUUGCACCAGAAGGAGAGGAAGUCGAGUUUGUUGAUGCUCCACAGCAACCAGAGAAAGGAAUAGAUAGCCUGAAUGAGGAAGUACUAAUAACUCCAUCAGCACCUGUAAUGCCUGUAUCAAUGCCUGUAGCUGAUGCUCCUGAGCCUUUAGUUCCAACACCUGCUGCACCACCACCUGCAGCUGUCCCAACCCCAGAAUUGAUUGAUGAUGACAUCACAAAGGAUGUUGGUCAAGAGCUUCGUGAAGAAGUUGAUGCAUUUUCUAACCCGGACGAAGAUGACUGGGGAAGCAGUGAAAAUAUUACUGGGGAUGAUAAUACCAUAAUGGCCUCUGCCACAGAAAAGGUUGAUAUUUGCAAAGAUGAAAAUGAACUUGAGCAGGUGGAGGAGGAGGAGGGGGAGGAGGAGGUAGGUGUGGAGAAGUGGGGAGGAGGAGGAGGAGGAGAAGGAAAAUAUCGUAAAACUGGAAGAGGAGAAGGAAGAGAGAUUGGAAGCAGCAGGAUCUGCAUCCUCUUCCACUGUCCCCAGCAGGAAGAUGUUUGACUGGGAUGAAGAUGAAGCAGAAGACUGGGGAUUCCAGCAGAGUAAGGGUGAACUAGGUUAUAAAGUUUGGGGUUGACUUUAAAAAUUGUAUGGUUUGUCUUUUUACUGGGAGCAACUUCUAUGCUUUAUCAGAGAUUUCUAAUUAUUCAAAACAUUGUCGCCAACAUCAUUAAACAUGAAUUGAACUUUGAAGCAAGACAAAAAAGAAAUAGCAUGUUAG